CCCUAACCCUCUCUCCAACCCUAACCCUCUUCCUCCCUCAGAUCUCAAUCCGCCGCCGCCCCUAUCCCUACCCCCACGUAGCCCAAUCCAAUCCGCCGCCGUCCUCUACCCAUAUCGCUCCCUGCUCCGGCGAGCCCGCCAUGAACCGUCUGCGGGCGGGGAGCCCAGUCUACGGGCGGCAGCGCAGCGGGAGCAGCACGGUCUUCACCUCCCCGGGCGGUGUCUCCCCCUUCCACCACCGCUCCUCCUCCACCUCCUUUGUUGCCUCCCUCCAACGCCCACACAGCUCGCCAAAAACAUAGACGUUGUCGCCGCCGCCCCUCGCACCAUGGCCGCCCCCCUGCAUCGACUCCCCACACCUCCCCGCCCUCAAGUGGCUCCUGCCCUCCACUACCUAGAUCCGCGUCGCCCCAUCCGCAUCCCCACCCACCUGCUGCCGCCAUCCACUCUCGCCGGCCCCGUCCACCACCUCGUACCACGCCGCCGACCACCAUCCACUCUCGCGUGCACACGACCUCCUCAUUCUUCGCGACUGCUCCAUGUAUGCCGCCUGAUUCUGUCGAGCCCCGGCGUCUCCCGCCACCGCGCAGCACCGCGCCGAGCUUGCCUCGUUCCGCUGCGUCCUCUACUCGGCUGGAUCCGCCAUGUUCGCAGUAGAGGAGCGGGUGGGGAAGCACCAACCAAGGCCAUGUCAUGGAGGUUCUGCUCAGGCAACCCUGCACUGCUUGCAGCAGACGCCGUGGAGGUAUCCAAACCUCAGAGGACUACAGGUUCUAUGCCAUCUCGGCGGAGUACCCUGAGUUCAGCAACAAGGAGAAGACACUCGUGCUGCAGUUCACGGUGAAGCAUGAGCAAAAGCUUGUCUGCGGUGGUGGUUACAUCAAGUUGCUCGGAGAUGUUUUGCAUCAGCCUGUCAUUGCUAAGGAAGAAGCAGUACUUGAAGAAGCAGACUACAUGUUUUCUUGUUGUGAAGCACUAGAUAGUUCUAUUUAUUCAUUCCUGUUAUAGAGUAUUCCAGCAACUGAAUGCUUGAAUACGUAAUGUUGUAGGUUGCUUGGAUCUGUAUAAAAUACGGAUGUGAUGGAAAUUUGUAGAAUGUGAGUUUUGAGAUAUUUCUGUAAUAUUUAGCUAAUUGGUGGUGAUUCAUAUUGUUAUUCAAA